AUGGCCACCCAGAGCUUCACCAUCACCACCAACGAUGAUUUCAUUCUCACCACAGUCACCGCUGACCCAGCCACUACCACCAAUUGGAUCUCCAACGUCCGCCGGAUCCACAGUGAAGUGAACCCGCUCAUCAUCGGCUUUGCUAUCGAAUACUGCCAAUCUCCUGAGCAACUUCGUGAACCCGUCGACACCCUGCAACUGUGUGACGGAAACGCCUGCCUCGUCUUCCAAAUCCGUCACGCAGCUGUGAUCCCUGAUUCACUGCGAGAGUUCUUGAAUGAUCCCAACAACGUUUUCGUGGGAGUCAGAAUCCUCCCUGACUGCAACAAGCUUUUCGCCUAUCAUGGACUCCGCAUUGGCAACCGAGCGAUGGCAUUUGAUCUCCGUUCUCCUUUUAUGGCAAGGAGCGAGGGCCAACUUCGACCGGGGUCUUGGGGGUACCGAAGACUGGUGAAGGAGAUCCUGGGGAAAGACUAUGCGCCACCAAGGGGUUUGCUGAACUCGUGGGACAACGAAGUGCUAACAUAUGAACAGGUGAAGUAUGCAUGUCUUGACGCAUUUUACUGUUUUGAGAUGGGGAAGGUCCUGGCAGUUGGUCGGCUCCCAGUGCCGGCAUGA